ACCUUGGAUGGAUAUGCCAGAUGGAUUAGUUUCUUGUAAUUAAGACAGUGCAAUUAGGGAGAUGAAUGAUAUAAUUUCAUAUGCUGGCAAUGUGGAGUUGUAUGUAGACCAUGACAUCAAUAUACCUGAGAUUGUUGAGGGUCCACUAUUGCUCACAAGGGAUGUUUCCAAAGAUGAGGGUGACAAUAGUGGUAGUGAUGUUUGUGUGCAUGGGGAUGAGGGUAAUUUAGGAUGUGAAAAAAGUAGUGAUGUCGAUAGUGGUAGUGAUGAUGUGUCAGUUAUUGACUGGGAGACAAGUUCAGAUGAUAGUGCAUGGUCAUUGGGGAGUGACAAAACUGAUGAUGAGAAUGAGCAAGAAGAUGAUCAUGUUGAAGAACGUGUAGUAACUCAAGAGCAACCAUCUGUCCAGCAACAACAGGUGAGAAGAGGUGAUCCAAUUGACAGCACGCAGCAACUGCCUAUCAGUGAUGACAGUGGUUCCUCUACAGAUGAAGAAGACAGGGAGUCUGAUUAUGCAGACAGUGAUGAUCUUGGUGCUUGGGAAUUUCAUUGGAAUUCAGAUGAUAAGGAUGACAUCUUUGUGCAACCAGAUCAUGUUAUUAGCUGAAAUGUCUGUCAAACCUACUAUAACCCAAAAUGGAAGGUCCCAUAUUUUGAUAUUGGGAUGAGGUUCAAAGAUGCAAAGCAAUUCAGAACGGCAGUUUGUAAAUACUCCAUACAAAAGCAAGCUCAACUGCGAAAAGUCAGAAAUGAACGUACUAGGGUGAG